AUUGAUGCUCAGCUGCCGGGCCACUCCCAGCCGGGCUCCAGUCAUAAGGCCUAUGGAUCGUCUGCCCCAAAAGACCAUCAAGUAAUCACAGCAAUCGAGUACCAAGAGGUGAUUUUAACCUGUAAAUACCCACGGAAGUCCGCAGCCUCCAGAUUAGAGUGGAAGAAACUGGGGCAGAGUGUCUCCUUUGUCUACUAUCAACAGUCUCUAAGAGGUGAAUUUAAAGAUCGCGCUCAGAUGAUGGAUUUCAGUAUCAGGAUCAAAAAUGUUACAAGAACCGAUGCUGGGAAAUACCGCUGUGAAGUUAGUACCCCAUCUGAGAAAGGCCAAAGCCUAGAAGAGGACACCAUCACUCUGGAAGUAUUAGUGGCCCCAGGAGUGCCAUCCUGCGAAGUACCCAAUUCUGCUCUGAGUGGAACCGUGGUGGAGCUGCGAUGUAAAGACAAAGAAGGGAUUCCAGCUCCUGAGUAUGCGUGGUUUAAGGAUGGCACCCGUUUGUCGGGGAAUCCGAAGCUUGACACCCAGACCACCAACAGCUCGUACACAAUGAACACUAAAUCUGGAACUUUGCAAUUUAACACUGUUUCAAAACUGGACACUGGAGAGUAUUACUGCGAAGCCCGUAAUUCUGUUGGAUCUCGCAGGUGCCCUGGGAAACGAAUGCAAGUAGAUGAUCUCAACGUCAGUGGCAUCAUAGCGGCUGUGGUAGUCGUUGCCUUAGUGAUUUCCAUUUGUGGCCUUGGCGUGUGCUAUGCUCAGAGGAAAGGCUACUUUUCAAAAGAAACCUCCUUCCAGAAGAGUAGCUCUGCGUCGAAAGCCACGCCAGUGAGUGAAAAUGAUUUCAAGCACUCGAAAUCCUUCAUAAUUUAAAAGAAUUCCACCUUUGAGAUACACCAAUACCACAGUUGUUACACAGUUAUUAAAAGAUUAUAAAACUCUGCUUUGUCUUACAUUUGCCAAGAGGUACAUAAGGAGAUGAAGUUGGUAUUUCAUUAAAAUUUUUAUAAACACUAAA